AUGGCGUCGGAGGAGUUUGUGGAGGAGUUGGAGGUUGCUGAAACAGAAACUGAAAGUUUGUUUACGAUCAUGUUUUGUGCCAUCAUGUUUGAUUGGUUUGUGUCAAGAUGCUUGUAUGUGUGGAGUCUAGGAGUCAUUCUCUACUAUCUUGUGGUUGGUCGAGAGCCAUUCUGUGAAGCAAAUGACAGUGAAACUGUUAUUCGUAUAAUUGAUGGCGUGUAUGAUUUGCCAUCUACACUUUCUCCCAACUGUUGCAGUAUUAUCAAGGCUAUGCUGCAAGUUGAUCCUGAGAAGCGACCAUCAGCUAGCAAUUUGAGUCAUUUUCCAUGGCUGAAUGGUGUGAUAGAACCUUCAGAUCCAAUGUUGCCAAUGGUAGACAAAGAGGAGUUGACACCUGAAGAACAGGGUGAAAUCAUUGACAAGAUGGUGAAAGGUCGUAUUGGCAGUCAUGAAGAGAUCACAAAAUCUGUAAACAGUGGACGUUAUGACCACAUCACAGCCACAUUCUAUCUGUUGGCUGAGUCACAUUUACGUCGCAAACGAAUAGGAUACAGCACAGCAGCACAAAGUCUCACACUGAGGAAACUUUCAAUGCCAGAUGCAUUAGCAUUGUCUCCACGUGGAGAAUGGCAGAAGCCUAUGGUGCUGGAGUCUGCAACUAUAGAUAUGUCCGCCGUAAAGAAUGCUCUUAGUCCAGUGGAUCCAUUUGAUCGAAUUCGUAAGAGAAGUGCUGCCGAGACAGGAGUUCUGCGCCCUCCUCGUUCAAAUACCACACAGAAUAGUCCAGUUCAAAGAACCAGGGACCGUGGGGGAUUAAACUUGUUGGUCUCCCCUGUGAUGAGAGAACCAAUUAAGGCAGACCCUGUGAUUAUGAGUUCGCUGAUCAAUAAUGGUCAACUCAAUAAUGAGUCUGGAGAUGUCACAGAGAUAUCUGUCAGUCUUUGUAAUGGGGAAAACACACGCAGUCAGUCUCAAAAGAAGAAGUCAGUCACAUUUAUGCUAGAUUCUGACACUGAGCCGGCACUUGCAUCUCCCACGUUCAAAGAGCCAGAUGUUAAUCAACGAAUUGAGGACAAUCCUAGAUACGGUGGAGUGGUUGGACCAAAGGGUCGUAGACUAAAGUCAACCCGGAGUUCACCUCAGCUGAGAGUGGGGACAAGGAUGAUAGAUGAACAAACAGACAGUGAUGACGAGGUGAAUUUGCUGUUGUCUCCUGAUGUCAGUCGUUCUCAGUCUCCCCCCUGGUCUACUCAACGGUCGCGAUCACCAUCUCCAUGUAUGGUUAGCCGUCGUUUAUCACAUUCUUCUGGGGCAAGUCCUGAGUGCAGUAACAAAUGGAGUAAAUCAUCUGUGUUUGUCAGAAUAUCACACGAUGAGAGUUCUGGGGAAAGAGUGAAAGAGAAAGAGACCAAUAACAUAAUACUGGCUCGAGAAGGCAAGAUUCAUCAGGUUUCAUAAGGAAAAUUUGCGUCCUGUGAACACUAUUUCUGUGGCCGUUGUCUGUGGACAUUAAGAGUGAACCUCCUCUAGAUGUAGUUUGAGACAGGCUGUACUUUAGUGAACUUGCUGCUGUACAUACAUUUGUCUCAUAGUGCACUAUUUUAUUGGAUUGUACAGUAAGUAUUGCGUUUACCAUGUUUGGCAAUGACUUUGUAACAUGUUUUGAUGAGAAUAAAUAAUAACAACAAUAUUUAUAUA